AUGACACAAACACACUCCAGCAGAAGUGAGGAACGACCUCUAACUAUUUCGCAAUGGCGGGAAUUACAACAGACGGUUUCCGAGCCUACUCACAUAUUGUCCCUGCUCGAACAGGCGCAACCAAACACAUCAAAUGCCUGGAUCUCAUUGGCAACCCCGGCACAAAUUAUGGAACAAUGGGAGAAUAUAACAGCGCUUCGAUCAGAGGGAAGAGACCUUCCACUGUUUGGCGUACCAUUCGCCGCCAAGGAUAAUAUCGAUGCCGCUGGUUUUCGCACAACAGCCGCAUGCCCAACAUUUGGCACUGAGCCUGUCUUGGCCGACUCGACAGUGGUAGAACGACUGAAGCUACAAGGGGCCAUUAUCAUCGGCAAGACCAACCUGGAUCAGUUUGCGACUGGUCUUGUCGGCACAAGGUCUCCAUAUGGCGCCGUUGCCAAUUCCUUUGAUCCAAAGCGCGUCAGCGGCGGUAGCAGCUCCGGCAGCAGCGUGGUCGUUGCCCAGGGACUUGUUGCGUUCUCUCUUGGCACAGAUACAGCGGGUUCGGGCCGGAUACCUGCCGGCUUGAAUAAUCUUGUUGGACUCAAGCCCACGCGAGGUGCGUUGAGUACACAUGGCGUGGUACCUGCAUGCCGAUCACUUGAUUGUGUUUCGAUCUUCGCCUUGACUCUGGACGAUGCAGACCUCGUUCUGAGACUGGCUGAGGGGUAUGAUGUUCAAGAUGCAUACUCGAGAGAUCGGGCGAGCUGUGCCACUGGCAAGGUUCCUCGAGGUGCCUUGUCCUCUCAGCCGAAGCUGGCUGUCUGUUCCAACCCCGAGUGGUACGGCCAGACUGAGCAGAUUGAACCAUACCAAAUGGCAUUGGCCAAGGCCCAGCGACUAGGCUGGAAGCUAGAGUCUGUCGACUUUACGAUGCUCUUUUCUCUUGCCAACCUUCUGUAUGAAGGCCCCUGGGUUGCUGAGCGAUAUGCUGCCAUCGAAAAGUUCAUUCAGUCAGUCCCAGCUGAGGCCAUGGAUCCCGUUGUUCGAGAAAUCAUUAUGAAAGCCGAGAAGUUUUCUGCUGCAGAUCUCUUCGCAUGCGAGUAUAACCGACAGGAGCUGUCCCGCGAGAUUGAACAAAUCUUCCUGCAAUCUCAUGAAUGA